UGGGGUUGGUACGUUGGUAAAGCACCUCGAAGAAGGACCCUAAGCUGAAUAGGCCGCACAUCUUGCAAGGCAAGUGGUCGAAUGUACCGCACGCGAGGCAGAGCAACGGCGACAAAGAGAAUGUAAUUCCCAACUCGCCGUUGACCGGAUGCAUCGAUGAAGGGAAGAAGAGGAGCGACGAAGGUGGGAGGCUGAGAGGUUUGCCGCCAUUGCCGCCCGGGAGGAAGAGGCGCAUGACCAGACGUGCCAGGAGACCACAAUAAGUUGAACAGAGAGUCUGAGGGGCUUCCGGUGCUGCGAGCAAAUAAGGCUCAGACUGAGCGAGAGGUUGUGGAAAGACUGUUGAAAAAAGGCAUUCAACCUGUGGUUAUGCCUACUGUUGAGGAGACACGACUUGCCAAGGCUCCACUGGAGUCAACGAGACCACCUUGGAAAUUGCAAGAUAUGUAUGUCGAUACCACGCACAGCGGGCAAUUCACUUGGUACGGCGCUCGCGACUCCGGCAUGUGUCUAUAUCUUCGAUUGCGUCCUCGUGCUCUUUAACAGUCACUUCACGAUAACCGACAAGGCUGUUCUUGCAAACUGUCGUCAUUUCGAAUGUCCAACAUAUCCUUUACCUUCUGAAGGACCUGGGUGGCAAUUCUGACGAGGAUGACACACAUAGUCGAAAGCAAUUUUAGAAGGUUGCUGGUAAAUAGUAUAUGUCAGAGACACAUCAGAGCGUCUUGAGAACAAGUUGGCUGUGGCAAACCUCCC